UUGUUUCAAUUCGCACGUAUGGUUUGACUGUGUGUGAAAGAAUUUGUGUGGUGUGUUCUGGAGUUUGGGAAUGUGUUUUGUGUUAUUCUGUCUGAGCAGGGAGGGAAUCUUUGUGCUUAUGGGGUUUCCUUGGUUGGGGACUCUCUUGGGACCUUCCCUCUCAUCCCUCUCUUCUAUCCCAACCUUUCUCUUGCUCCUUCUAAUUCCUUGUGAGAUUCUUGAACUUUGAUUGAACUCUUGAGAUUGAGUUAACUGCCUAGAACCUCAUUCCCUAUCUCCUCUGAUCAUGCCUCGACUCCCCUUGAGCUUGUGCACACGGAUGUGUGUGGACCGAUGCAAACUCCUGACCGGGAAAAGGGCAGCAGGACCCUGGAGAUGAAGGGGAGGAGCAGCAGGAGGAGCCAGAACCAGCUGAUUCUAACCAUGAGGAGUCCCGAGAGACAGAUUCUACCCCUCAGCCAGCCACGCAGGCCGAUGCGCAUGAUGAUCAGCCGGAGCAGCAUGUGCCUUCAACUCCAUCGAGAAGCAGACUUGGGGGAGGUGAAGUACUACUUGGGAAUGCAAAUUGAGCGUGAUGAGAGUGGUAUCUUGAUUCAUCAAGAGAGGUACAUUCUUAACAUGCUUCAGUCCUUUGGUCUUUCAGAGGCCAACCCCGUGCGUACUCCUCUCCCGACAGGCUUUGAUGUGCAUGCCUAUGAGGAUGAACCUUUGCUGCGAGAUGAGCUGGUCAAGCUCUACCAAAGCAUUGUGGGAUCCCUCAUAGUCUAGGUGAACUUAGGAGCUAGAAUUACU